AUGCAUGUUUAUACGUGUUUUAUUGUUAAUAACCGGCGGGGAUCUCGCCCCCAUGAUCGUUCACCAAAACCCGGCUUAAAUAAACCGGAAUCGUUCCAACUGCUGGAAGAAUUAAAUAGAUAUCCAACAUUUGUAAGUCAUGCAAAUCGUGACGAGAAACGUUGCGAUGGUAAAGAUCGUUCGGUGAGGAAGAGUCGCUGUGUUGGUUGUCACCCAGAAAUUAUUGGAAAAACGGGCCAGUCUUGCCCCAAAUUUGAACAAGGAGUAUCGACUAGCCCGACAAUUCCUCGUAAGGGUAGUUCGUCUGGGCCUCCGAGCAGAUCUUGCUUACGGCAGCAUGCAUGGCGUAAAUCCCUGACGGAACCGUCAAACCCAAAACCACAAGUUCCAUUAAAACGUGCCGUUUCAAGCUCAUCGGGUCGCCAAUGUGAAACGGGGGAGGAUGUGGUUGCAUUCGAACAACUCCAAACAACAUCAUCAAACACAACCCACUCCUCCCCCACAACAAAUAAAACCGGGAAUGUUAACGUUACUCAAAAAUCUUCAUCAAAACCACUUACACCAAAAGAAAAUAAAAAGCAUAAAGAAAUCUCGAAAAAAAAACCUACCUUCCUUCAAACGAAGCAAAUUGAAGCAAAAUUUCCAUCCGAAGAGAAACCGGCUGAUAUUGUUAACGUUAAACACCCGCUUGAUUACCCGGAAAGUAUCGAGUACAUCGAUCACGACGAUCCAUCUUCGGAUCCGUUAGAAUCCACGUCAAGUAAAGGUUAUUUAACGAUCGAUGAGAGUGUGAUAAAAAGGCAAGUUGAAAGGAGACCCCAUAGGAUUAGUACGAAUAGCACGGAGGAUGAAGGGAUUGUUAGUAAUAAAGCUGGGAGUAAAUUGAAGAAUAAAUCUAGGAAUAAGCCGGCCUCCACCAGGAAGAAAUUGAGGAAGGAUAAGAAGGAGGGUGGUGGAUCCAGAGCUUCGGGGCAUUUUACUACCGAUUCGAGUUCUCCGGAAGAUAUUACUUGCGUUAAGAAGCGGGAAGUUACUACAACGGUUGAUUCUACUAAAACUACAAGUUUAAAUCGGUAUACGUUUACGAAAAUAAUUCCGGAAGAAUCGUCAUCAAGUUCAGGUGGGGGAAAGAAAUCACGCACACAAAGUUGCAGUUCGAUUCCUUACGAUGAUAUAAUCGACAAUUUGGCGGUGUUUCGAAAAAGUUUCGACAACGUUCAUUUUUGCCACGGAGAGAAUUUGGAUUUCGAUUUAAAAAAAUCGGGGGAAAUCGGCAAAAAAGUUCAUAUCCCGGAGGAAAAGAAAAAAGUGAUUUCGGAUAUCUCUGAGAAGGGGUUGCGGAGUUUCGCUUCCGUUUUUGUUAACGACAUUUUAGAUUCUGCCACGCGGAUUUUAACGCAUGAUAGCUCGAAAUGUAUUCGAUUUAGCGGCGAUCAGGAAAGCAUCGAACAAAAGCCAAAGUCACCGAUCCCAUCUGGGAACGGAAAUAUUCGAUGUGAUACUCCUAAUUUAGUCCCGGUUCUUUAUGUGCCCAAGUUGAAAGAGAGCGGGUCUGAUAAUUUGUUGGAUGAUGCUGGUGGUUUUGUUGAGGAGGAAUACGAGGAGGAGUAUUACGACACUUGCUCGGAGAUGAGCGAUUCUAGAUUGGCUGCCGGGCUGAUUUUAUCCGAAAUUACUGAUGCCGUGGAUAAAAUCGUUCGGGAAAAAACUAAGGUUAAGAAAAAGGAUAAAAGUGUUAAACACGGCGGGGUUACUCAGUGUAUUCGAGUUGAAACCGAUUCAAACGCUGAUGAUGAUUCUGAUUUUCCGCAAGGUGAGAUGCAAUUGGUGCCAUACGACGCAAAAUACAACCUCCCCAAAAACAUCUUCAGCAAAUGCGCUCCAGAAAUGGUGGAAAUCACUGAUCAAACCAUCGAUAUGCUCCACCAAAACGUCGAUGUCACCGAGAGUAAUUUAGAAUCAGAACAACCAGUAAUCGAAUUCCCCACGGAAGUUAAAGACGAAGAUGAUGUUUAUAAACCGAUUGCGGUUAGCCCCUGCGGUCGCUUCUUUAAAUAUGAGGAAGAGAUUGGGAGGGGUUCCUUUAAAACCGUUUAUCGCGGUCUUGACACCCAAACUGGGGUCGCGGUUGCUUGGUGCGAAUUACAAGAAAAAAAAUUAAAUAAAACCGAGAGGCAACGCUUCCGAGAAGAAGCUGAGAUGCUCAAAAAGCUACAACACCCCAACAUCGUUAGGUUUUACAACUAUUGGGAGUCGAUGACGAUUGCAAAAAAGAAAAACAUCGUUUUGGUCACCGAAUUAAUGCUGAGUGGGACGCUAAAAACUUAUUUAAGGAGGUUCAAAAAAAUUAACCCCAAAGUUUUGAAGUCAUGGUGUCGGCAGAUCUUAAAAGGAUUAUCAUUUUUGCACUCGAGAUCACCUCCAAUCAUCCACAGGGACUUAAAAUGCGAUAACAUUUUCAUCACCGGAACGACGGGUUCAGUUAAAAUUGGCGAUUUAGGACUGGCAACAUUAAAAAAUCGGAGUUUCGCAAAAUCCGUUAUCGGAACCCCCGAGUUUAUGGCCCCGGAGAUGUACGAGGAGCAUUACGAUGAAGGUGUGGAUGUUUACGCUUUUGGAAUGUGCAUGUUGGAGAUGGCAACGAGUGAAUAUCCUUAUUCGGAGUGUUCGGGGCCGGCUCAAAUCUACAAAAAAGUUAUUUCGGGGGUGAAACCUGCUUCUUUCGAUAAAGUCGAAAGUUCCGAAGUAAGGGACGUUAUUGAGAGUUGUAUUAAACCCCGAAAAGAAGAUAGACCGCGCGUUAAAGAUUUAUUGGUCCACCCGUUCUUCGAGGAAGACCUCGGAUUAAAAAUUGAGCUCCUCUCCCAGGAAAAUAGCAAAUUAACGUUUCGUCUCCGCGUUAUCGACCCGAAAAAGCGCACGCAUAAACAUAAAGAGAACGAGGCGAUUCAAUUUGAAUUCGAUAUUGACUCGGAUCGAAUCGAUACUAUUGCCGAGGAGAUGGCCAAAUCGGGCAUUGUCUUUGAUGAGGACGCUAAAAUCGUUGCGAAGGUUUUGAGAGUUCAAAUUAAUCAAAUUACGAAAGAAAAACAUGAACAAGAGAAAUUAAAGGAAGCCCAACAGUUGCAGUAUUUGCAAUAUCUUCAACAACAACAAGUUCAACAACAAGUGCAACAACAAGUUCAACAACAAGUUCAACAACAAGUGCAACAACAAGUGCAACAGCAAGUACAGCAACAAGUUCAGCAACAACAAAUGAUGGUCCAACAAAUUCAACAACAGAUUUCUCAGCAAGAUAUUUAUUUUCAGCAGCAGCAACAGAAUCAAUUGCAGCAACAAAAUCAGUUGCAACAACAAAAUCAGAUGCAGCAGCAAAAUCAGAUGCAGCAGCAACAACAACAACCACAGUUGCAACAACAAGCAAGUCAAAGUUCUUUGCAACAAGAUGUUGGUUACGUUCAACAACAGCAACAACAAUAUAUGCAGGCUCAGCAACAGCAACAAAUGUAUACCCAGUCAGGUUAUGGACAACAACAGCCUCAAAUGAGUUUGCAACAGCCACUUCAAGGUCAACAUAUGGGGCAAAUUCAACAGCAGCAACAAAUUCCUCAACAACAAAUUCCCCAACAGCAGCAAAUUGCUCAACAACAAAUUCCCCAGCAACAACAGAUUCCCCAACAGCCUCAAAUACAACAACAGAUUCCCCAGCAAUCACAAAUGCCUCAACAAUCGCAAAUACAACAGCAAAUGCCCCAACAAUCGCAAAUACAACAGCAAAUGCCCCAACAAUCGCAAAUACAACAGCAAAUACCCCAACAAUCGCAGAUUCAGCAACAAAUUCCCCAACAGCAGAUUCCUCAACAACCACAGCUUCAACAACAGAUGCCUCAACAGUCUCAAAUUCAGCAGCAACAAAUACCCCAACAACAGAUCACCCAACAACCACAACUUCAACAACAGAUACCCCAACAAAAUCAAAUGCAGCAGCAACAAAUACCCCAACAACCGCAACUUCAACAACAAUCUCAAAUUCAACAACAAAUCUCCCAACAAUCGCAAAUUCAACAACAGAUUCCUCCACAGCAACAACAAAUACCCCAACAAUCACAACUGCAACAACAAAUUUCACAACAAUCCCAAAUACAACCACAGAUUCCCCAGCAACCUCAAAUACAGCAACAGAUUUCGCAGCAACCUCAAAUACAGCAACAGAUUUCCCAACAACCUCAAAUGCAGCAACAGAUUUCCCAACAACCUCAAAUACAGCAACAAAUUUCACAGCAACCUCAAAUACAACAACAAAUUUCACAGCCACCUCAAAUACAGCAACAAAUUUCGCAGCAACCUCAAAUACAGCAACAAAUUUCGCAGCAACCUCAAAUACAGCAACAAAUUUCACAGCAACCUCAAAUACAGCAACAAAUUUCGCAACAACCCCAAAUACAGCAACAAAUUUCGCAGCAACCUCAAAUACAGCAACAAAUUUCACAGCAACCUCAAAUACAGCAACAAAUUUCGCAACAACCCCAAAUACAGCAACAAAUUUCACAGCAACCUCAAAUACAGCAGCAAAUUUCUCAGCAACCUCAAAUACAGCAGCAAAUUUCGCAACAACCCCAAAUACAGCAACAAAUUUCGCAGCAACCUCAAAUACAGCAGCAAAUUUCUCAACAACCUCAAAUACAGCAACAAAUUCCUCAGCAGCAAAUACAACAUAUUCCUCAACAACAAAUACAGCAACCGAUUUCUCAACAAAUCGUUCAACCAGCUCAAAUUAAUCAGCAGCAGCCUUCCCAAAUGAUAACCCAACAAUCCCAAAUAAUCCAACAACCUUCUCAAGUGAUUCAACAACAACCGGUUCAGCAACAACCGUCCCAAGUGGUUCCCCCGCCUCAACAACCAUCUCAACCUGUUGAUAAUGGUGUAAUUAAUCAGCAGCAUUUUCAGCAACAAUCGCAGCAGCAAUUAAGUUAUCAAUUUGCUCAACAAGCUCCGAGUCAACAAGGAAUGGGUGCGAUUAUGCAAACUGACGGGGUUUUUCAACAAUCGGGGCAACAACAAUCGCAAUUUUAUCCGCAAACGUCAACGGGGCAAGUUGUUUCGACGGUGGUUCAACAACUUGUUGCGCCCCCGAUGGAAGCGUAUCAAGAAAAAAAGGCGCCGUGUAAUUUGAGCGAGUUGAACCAUCACGUGACGAUGGUGCUUCAAGGACAAGAUUAUCAUAGAUUGUCAACAGUAUCGUUACCACCAAUGUCGAAUUUUGAGCCAACCGAUCAACGUCGAAUGUCUUCCGUAUCUCAACCACCAACUCACACCGAUUUUAUUCAACAACAACAAUUAAUCCAAGAAAUUUCUGAGGAAACUCCCCCACCACAACAACAAGUUGUAAAUUUACAAACAAUCACGGAGCAACAACCCGUAAUUGACCCAAUUGAAACUAAACCACCUUUAUUAGCAACUUCAAUAUCAAGUGAGGCAUCGUCGGAAGAAAAAAAGUUAUCCUCUUCAUCAUCAACCACAACAACAAGUGGUUCAUUAACUUCGGGAUCAAGUAAAGAAAACGUAAGUCAUAAACAACGGAGUACGUCUACGUUAAAAAUCGUUGUGAAAAAGGUCCAUUUGGACGGGACUGUUGAGUGUCAGUUGAUUUCGAAGAAAUCAACGGUGAAUUUUGAGUUUAACCGUUUCGAUUCGAAUUUGGAAGAUGUGAAAGGGAAGCUGUUGAGAGAGAAUGAUUUUAAAGACGAUGAGGUGCGUAAUGUUGAUGAUCAUUUGGGGGAGAUCUUUUCGAGGUUUUACGAGAACCCGGAUCAAUCUCAACGAUACGUCCAAAAGGUACGACAUGCUUCGUUGACGAGGCAAACUUCGAGAAAAACCCAUCGUAGACAUAAAUCACGUGAUGAUGCCUCAAACGAUCAAAUAGCAGCUUUACAACAAGAAGAAUUCGCCAAAUUAUCAUCGCACGUCCAACAAUCAUUAACAUCGGGCCUCCCAGACAAAGUAAAUCAAUUACAAAGUAGGGAAAGCUUAAAUUCCUGCGGAACUGUCUCCCGAAAAACAAGCACAGCCAGUGAUUACACCCCGGAGCAUACUUACAUUCAAAACAAUAAUUCAUCAACAAAUUUAGAUCAAAACGUUAUUUUUAGCGGUGAAAAUCAAAUUGACUCAAAUCAAUCUCAAAAUGAAACGGAGGAUGCCGAAUGUAACACCGAUCAGAUACCGGGUGAUAAAAUCAAUCAAGCUGAGAUUACACCAAGCGAGGAUGGAGUACCGAAAGAAAUUGAGCAUGAAAAUGUUGAUGUUAAUAAACCGAAGGUUCCGCAAAGGAAAAUAUCGAGGUUUUUGGUGACUCCGGUGCUCUCUGAUUUGGAAAUGCCGAAAAAUAAGGAUUACGGGGGUCAAUCAGUGCUGGAUUCUGGGGGAAAUACGCCGUUGGAAAGUAAAGAAUUAAUUGAAACUAAAGAAAUUCAUCGGAAAGAUUCCAUCCCGCUUGAAAUUAAACCGAUCACGUCGAAUAUUGAGAAAGAUCAAGAAGUUACGUUGGAAAUAGCUCCAAAGGAAACGAGCGAAGUUAAGGAGCAACAAGAUCAAGGCCCAAUUGGGCCGGAAAUGAUCACUUUGGAGCAAUUAAAAAUAUCCCUCGAUAAUUUAAAGCAUAGUAACGCUCCGAGGGAAAGUGUUGCAAGCGAAGUUAAGUGUCAAAAGGCGGUUACUCCUGUUCCGCUUAGCGUUGGAACUCCACAAAAUCAAGUUUCAACGAUUACGAUGGCAGUAAGUCAACCUCCAGCCACAACUCCUUUAGUUAAUGUUGGGCUUCCGGCGAUUCCGGGAGGCUUUCAAGGUGCAUUAGCUUCGGGAGGGGUUGGUUUUGGAACUGGAAAUGAAAUUUUUAAGGCGCAAAUUCCUCAAAUCAUACCUCAAAGUCAACCCUCCCCACAAAUAAUCCCGAAUCAAUUGAUCCCAACACAGCCUCAAUAUCUAAUUGAUUCUCAACCUAACCAAGUUCCGUUACAACAACAAAUUCCGACUUCGAUUCCAUCUCAACAUGAACUACCCGUUGUUGUGCCACAAAUUCCGUUAUCAAAUUCAUUGUCACAAGUUUGCCCGCCAUCUGUAUGUCAAAAUCCGCAAGUUGUUAGUUCUGUGAGUUCCUCAGGGGUGGCGCCGGUGUCGAUUUCGCCCCCGAUUCAAACGAAUCCAACUCAAGGGGAUAUUUUUAAUGUUAAUAAACAAAGUAAUUUAAUGGGAGUGGAUGGAACGAAUUUGGUUGGAGCCGAUAACGGAAGUAUAGAGAAGGAUAAAAAAAAUGGGCCCAAUUUGAAAUUAACCAUUGAAAAUUCGAAUACAAAUAUCGCAAAUCCCGACUCAGUUUAUAGCCUCCAAGGAUUACAGCAACGAUUAUCUUCGAUUACAAUGACAGGACAAGUUCCGGGCCCAUUAAGCCCUCAAACAACGUUAGUUUCCGUUGAUUUCACAAAAAGCAUCCCGGAUAUAACCAAACAACCCACAUCGCCCGUUCAAGAGGAAACCCCAGAACUUAUUGCGAAAGAAAGUAUUAACGAAAAAAUUGAAGAACCUCAAAUAAAACCGAUGUGUCAAUUGGUGACCCCUACUCCCGAGGUUCGGAUCGUUCGUAGGUUUGCAGUUAGCUUAGUCACCGAACCCGAUAGGAAUCAAUUAACCAUACCUGAGAAGCAUUUGGAGAAAUCCGCUUCCGAUUCGAAGAUAUCGAUGGAGGCUGGUGGUACGAUUGAGGAGGAGAAAAAGGAUGAUUCGAUUCCCGAAGAAUUCGAUAUUACUAGUGCUAUACAUAAUACAUAUUAUUGUACGCAAACUUCAGAUGCGAAUAAUUUAGGAGUUGGAGAUGUUAAAUUAAUCGGAGAGAUCGAAAACAUAACCUCAACCGCUAAUUUCACGACAUCUAAAACAUCAACGGAAACGGAAGCGUUACGACUUAAAGUAGCAUCGAGGUUAUGUUUAUCAAUGCAUCCAGCCUUCGAGACAUUGUCUGAUGAUUCGGAUAGUUCGGAUAGCUUUAAUCGAAUUUCCCCGGAAAAAUAUAAGCAAUGUUAUGAUAAUUUAAGUAAUCGUUUGGAGGAGAUUUUUCGGCGUCCAAAACAAAGAAUCCCGGAUAUUGUUGUGUGCCCCCCAACGAAGGAGAAUUUAUCGAAUAGUUUACCUAAUAUUUAUGAGUACGUUGAGAGAAAAAGGGGAAUUUCGGGAUCGGAUUAUUACGAGUCGGAUGAUUACGAGACCAAUUCAAACUUGAGGGAUCGUUUUGGAAAAACACAAUCGGAACUGGUGAUUAAAGAACCAAGGAGGUUUAUAAGGAAUAAAAGAAAACGGAAAUCUCCAAUAACCCCGUUUCGAUUUAAUUUGUUGUUGAGCGGUGAAGAAGAUGAGGAGAAUUUGGAAAAAUCAAGGAAGUUAUCUUUACAAACAGAUUCAUCGAAGAUGGCUUUAAAAUCGAGGACUUUCUCACAUCAUAAUUUAAAAUUAUCGGAUGAUUACCAAAAGGUUCCUAUGGAACCCGCCGAAAUUUUGCGUUCCAAGCAAAAGCAAUCGAUUUCUUCGCAUAAUUUAUUUUCUGAUUUGCAUUUAAAAGAUAAGUAUCACACGGUUCAUUCAACGAACAGUUUGGAUUAUCCGGCAUCGUUAAACAAGUUUAAUUUCGAGUUUAAUAAACGAAGCAAAGAAAAAGAAAUUGUUAGAUGUUGUGGAUGUGCUAAAACCGUACCUUUACAAGAUUAUGUUGAGAGUUAUUACACGUAUUCGGGGGAAACUUUCGAGGAGAUGCUAAAUCGGCAAAAAGCGGAAUUAAACGCUUUAAUAGAAGCACACAAGAAGCAACAGCUUGAAUUUAUGGGGAAUUACGCAGGCAAAACGAAAAGCCAACAACCUAAAUCGGACGACGUUAACGCCAACACGCACCUAAGAGAUUAGUUUGAUGAAGCGAAGAUGAUUUAAUGAUAUUUAUUAAUUAAUUAGGAUUGAGUAAAAGCAUAUACAUAUAUAUUAUAUAUUAUAAAAGUUGAUAAAUAAA